AAGACUGAAAAUGAAAACACAGAUUGCAAAUGUGAAUAUGUAAAAUUAAGAUAAAAUCAAACUACAUGCAACUAUUUAAUUGUCUACAGUUUCUACUUGAUCUAUUGACAGCAAACAAAAUCUAGAAUGACAUUUGAAACCAGCAUUUUCAACACAAGUUGACAGCAAUAAUCAGUCGUGUUUUUAUGCUGUAACAUCCUGAAGCAGUCAGGUGGUUUGAUCUCACUGGCAUGGUCAGAUACUCCAGAGGGCUACAACAAACUGGUAAGAAGAUAUUUCAGCCAAACCUAAAAUGAACAUUUUAUCCUUCAGUCCUUCUGAUAAUGCUUCUCACAUCCUUCUUACUCAAAAAUCUCUUUCUACUUGAUUAGAAAAGAAAUGCUUUAGAAGAGCUAAACAUCCAUAGAGGAAAAUACAAGUCUAAUAAGAAAAGAAGCAAACACCAUUACCCAACACCAUUGCCUAACUAACACCAUUACCUAACAAACACCAUUACCUAACACCAUUACCUAAUUCCAUUACCGAACAAACACCAUUACCUAACACCAUUACCUAAUUCCAUUACCGAACAAACACCAUUACCUAACAAACGACGUCUCCACUCUACACUAGAACGCAUCUUUGAAGCCCUGAUGAAGACAGUGAUAUUCCUUUUUGUGAGAUGAAGCACAUGCCCAAUACCUCCGAAGAACCCUGCAGAACGUAAACAAUGUGAGAUGGCUGAGUGGCUCCAGAUUGGCAGGGGAGAGUAAACAUUUGUCAGGACCCACUGUGCAAGCAGAGAUAGGCCUCCUACCAAUUGCCAGCACACCCUGAAUUGCGUCGAUGACGAGAGUGCCGUCGCGUCAAAACCAUUUACACUCUGAUGGGCUGACACAAGCAAUAUUGAUCCAUCCGGGAUGGAUGGCUUUGGAAGGUAUAAAACCUACGUGGUCCAGCCGCAGGACUGUAGCGGACACUCCAGUGAGCGAAGGUCUUCUCAUCAUGCGGUCGGGGGCAUUGCUCUACAUUCUGGCUGUGGCCUUUUCUGCAGUUCGUGCCCUGCCGUUGCUCUCUGAUUCAGCCCUGACACCACAGGAAGAACUCUUUCAGAAACUCGUGGCAGAGGUGGAGGUCAGGCAGAAAGAUGACCUAAACGAACAAGGAGAAAUUCAAAACAUCUUUCCAGUUUUACUCCAGCAAGAAAGAGACACAGGCUCUUGGCCUAUAGGAGCAAAAGAGCCUCUUCAGCAGGAGAAAAGGACUCGUGUGGGGGAGGUUUUAAAGGCAGCACUCAUGAAGCUAGGAGCAGCCGACAAACUGCGCUCUCAAGGCUUCCUCCGGACUGAGCAGAAUUUACCCAAACCCAACAAGAGAGGUGAGACUUGCCACCCUUCCAGAAAGAUGGCAAAAUAAUUAUAAUUCUGUAUACCAGGAUGAAAAUGCACACACUUAGAAGCCUGUGCAUAACAGAAAUGUGUGAAGUGGAACAGACACGGUUUGUAUCGGAGGCAUCUGUGAAGGUCUAGAGAGAUAAUCGCCUUGUUCUGCGGAGGAUUAAUCAGGAUCAGUGGCACACAAACUCAUAUCCGGCUUCUGUACCAAGCCAAAGCAAAAUCUAAGCACUAGAUAAAUAAAAAAUGCAAGAGAAAAAUGCCUGCAGUGCCUAAGAGUAAAGCCUUUUUCUCUGUUUCUCCCCGACAGCCUGUUUCUGGAAGUAUUGCGUAACAAAUUAGAAGGUAAUCGUUUAGGAAUUACGGAGGAACAACCCACCACACCCUCUCUGCUUCAACAAAUGAGGUCCCAGUGUUUGUCUUCUCCAUUAAAUGUCACUCCAACAGCCCUCUGACAAUGUGCGCAUUAAUCUAUUCAUGCUCACUAAAACGUACAUGUUUUCAAUCAAACCAAACACAGCCGACCUGUGAAAUGAAAAAGUGGAAACGUGUUCUGGGGGAUUUUUUAUGCCUGAGACCAGCACUGUGCCAU